AUGCCCGCCGUCUCGGUGCCCAACGGCGCAGCGCCCGCGGCCGAAACCUCAAUCGAUCUACCUCUGUUCGACAUCUCGCACGAGUCGGCAGAGCUGGGGCAGGAGAUCGUGCAGGCGGCGGCGAAGCACGGAUUCCUGUGGAUUUCCGGGUCGCCAUCAACAACAUCCUCAUCGACACAAGAUGGCGCCAAUGACUCUCUCCACGAACAGUACGACCUCGACGCCCCGACCGUCCAGAACGUCUUCGACAUCAGCAGCCGCUUCUUCAGGGAGGCCAGCACGGCGGAAAAGUCCGCGUGCAAAAUCACCAAGAACCGCGGGUUUGUCGACAUGAAGGUCGAGAACCUCGACCCGACGAGCCACGCGCGCGGCGACUUCAAGCAGUGCUUCAACCUGGCCGAGCCGGACCCGGUGCAGGGUCACUGGCGCCAGCCCAUGCCGCCGCAGUUCUCGACGCCGGACGCCGACGCCGCGCUGCGCGACUUCCACACCCGCUGUCGCGCCAUGGCCGCCCGGAUCCUGCGCCUGAUCGCCCUGGGCCUGGGCAUCGAGAGUGACCCGGACUGGUUCGUGCGCUCGCACAACCACAACGCGCCCUACACGGUCCGCCUGCUGUACUACCCCCAACUACCGCCCGACACCGACUACCGCGCCGAAGCGGACAUCCGCGCCGGCGCCCACAGCGACUACGGCAGUAUCACGCUGCUCUUCACGCGGCCGGGCCAACCGGGACUGGAGAUCCUCCAGGACGACGGGUCCUGGGCCCGCGUCCCCGUGUCGCCGCCGGGAUACCACGACCCGGCCUUUCCGCCCAUCGUGGUCAACAUCGGCGACCUGCUCCAGUUCUGGACCAAUGGGCUGCUCAAGUCGACGGUGCACCGCGUCGUGCUGGUUGAGCCAGAUCCAGAAGAGGAUACAGAACCCCCCGAUCAUGCGACGACGACGACGACGACGACGACGCACUCCCCGACCCUCGGAAGCAACCGGUACUCCAUCGCCGUGUUCAUCCAGCCGGCCGACGACACCGUGCUGGUGCCCGUGCCGUCGCCGGCCGUGGCGGAGCGUGCCGCGGCGUUCCAAAAGGCCCAGAUUGGUCGCGGGGGCGGCACCGUCACGGCCGAGACGCUGGGCCGGACCACGGCGGGAGAGCAUUUACUUGGGAGGCUAAGGGCCACGUAUGGCAUUGCUGUGACGGGGUAG